GUGAGCUGUAAUACUGAGCGAGACAAUGGCAAGAGAGACAGCUCAGGGGCGCACGGGCCUGCCCUGAGAAUUCACAGCAAGAGACACGGGUCCAGAACUUUACCUCAGAAGCAGAAGGUGAUAGAAUUCCACUGGCCGAGACUGCAUUUGCGCUGCACCGCACCAAACUACUCUACCUAUACCUUACCUUAGCUUUAUUCUGGGGUCGUCGUUUUUUCCCUCCUUUUCGACAACACGUGUCGAACUUUGCUCAAUUUAAGCCUCGCACUUUCACUUCUCCUCGAGCAAUCUCGCUCCUGGUUUCUUGUCUUCCACUUGAUUCAUCUUGGUUCUCGUCUUUGUAUUCUCCUCUCAUCGCAAUGGCCGAAACCGCAACCUCUCCAGCCCCUGCGGCGGACAAGGCCGACAAGCAAGCUAAUGUUCGACCUCCCAAGCCUGAUGAGAAUCUCUUCAAGCAGGAACUCGCAAAGGCUGAGAAGGAGCAUAAGGCUUCAAUGGACCGUCUGGCCGCUGUUAAGGCUAAGAUCGAGAUUGCUAUGCCCAACAAGAACAAGGACCAGCCCAACCCUACCCAAAAGCGACGACAAGAGCUCAUUGCUCAGGCCAACGAGAUUCGACAGAAGCAGGCUGGCGGAAAGAACGCCCGUUCUACUAAGCUCGACCAGAUCAAGCGCCUCGAUGAGCAAGUUCGAAGCCGAAUCAAUGAGCAAAAGGCUGCGAAGAGCAAGGUUCCCUUCAAGAGCCUCGAGGACCUCGACCGCCAGAUUGCUAGUCUGGACAAGCAGGUCAACUCCGGCACCAUGAAGCUGGUAGACGAAAAGAAGGCCUUGUCAGACAUCUCCAGUCUCCGUAAGAUGCGCAAGAACUUCGGACAGCUUGACGAUGCCCAGAAGCAGAUUGAUGACCUCCGCGCCAAGAUUAAGGAGAUCAAGGAUAGCAUGGACGACCCUGAGCAAAAGGCUCUAUCCGACCAGUAUAACAAGAUCCAGGCCGAGAUCGAUGCUAUUAAGGCCGAGCAGGACGAAGCUUACAAGGGUCUUUCCAGUCUCCGUGAUGAGCGCUCCAAGCUCCAGGCCGAACAGCAGGAAAAGUACACCGCUAUCCGUAAGCUCAAGGAUGACUAUUACGGACAGAAGAAGGCAUAUCAGGCCUACGACCGUGAGGCUCGAGAGCGUUACCGCGAGAAGCAAAGGGCUGAGCAGGAGCGUUAUCACCAAGAGCGAAAGAAGGCUGAGGCUGAGCGUCGUCUUGGCGAUGCCAGCGACCCUGCCUACCUCGACGAGAUCCGCCGCGCCAACAGCCUGCUCCAAUUCCUCGAUCCCAACCACAAGGUUGAGAAGGGUCCUCUGAUGGCCGACACAGGUCUCGGUGCUCAGGCCCAACGAAGCGUUGACGAGUCUGGCCUCAAGGGCACCAAACUUCUUCGCAAGGAGGACCGUGAUGAGGAGUACGCGCCUGCCGUGAAGAAGGGUAAGAAGGGCAAGAAGACUGCUCACGGCGGCUCAUCGAACAAGUUCAACGUUCCCCCAGCUGUCGUCGAGGACUGUGCUGCCAUGGGUAUCGACCCUCCUAUGAGUGCUGCCGAUAUCCCUGCUGUCGCUGAGAAGGUCCGUGCCAAGCUCGAUUUCUGGAAGAACGACCAGGAGGCCCAGACACAGCGUAACAUUGAGAAGGCUAAGAAGGAGAUCGCUGAACUCGAGGCCGCUGAGGCUAAUGGCGACAAGGUCGAGCAGACCACUGCUGACCUGAAGGAGACUUCUAUUGCUGACAAGCAGGAGUCGUAAGCUUCCUUCUCAUCGCAACAUUGAUUGCUCGUCGGUAAUAUCCCAUAUCGUCGAUGCUCCCUGGGCUUACAACUUUCUCCUGCGCUCUCUCUCUCUACCUCGCCCCAAUUGAUAUUAUUGUCCUCGUCCUUUCCGAAAUCUGUUGGAAUUCCCCAGCGCCCACUCGGCAUAAAAAUCAAACGUUGAGCCUAUAUCAAACGUUAUUCAAAGUUGUCUUGCCCACCAACUUCAUUGUCUGAGUUACUUCCUGCUUCAUACAUCCCUUCUCCCCCUCUUUCAACGCCACAUGCUCGAAUCUAAAAAGCGCUUUUUUGUGCUGUUUUUGUAAUUAGGCGCAGUUUCUUAUUGAAGUCAUGCGUAAGGAAAAUGACAAAAAGUUGGUUCAAUCUCGUGGUGCAUUGCAUCUAUUAUCAUUUUAAGUUGUGUGACAUGAGACUCGGUUAUCGGGUUCCCUGUAGAUCUUGACUCUAGGGUUGGCUCAAUUGCUUAUUGCCGCUCAUGGACAGAUUUGCUAAGACAUGAUGAGCUCAUGCAAACCUGCAUCAAAGUUUUAGUUGGGCUGAGCCUGGGGUCGGGCAUACUGCUGUGCCUCUUUGGGUCUACACUUUUCUGCCUUCUUUUCUGCUUGUUUUGCCUGUUGUGUGCAUACGUAUAUGCAGUUGACCAAGACAUGGUCAUGUAACUAUGUAUGCACUGUCGUCUUACCGCAGCAGAUGAUGUGUUGAAAACGCCGGCAUGAGCUUGCAUAACCUAGCUCACACCCUUCGACCUAUCGCCAUGACCUUGACUGCCUCGGAUGCGUGCCCCUCUUUCGCAUCAUCUCCCACACGUCCAACCAAGACAUGUCUUUGUUCGCCGUGAUGCAUGUCAAAAAGGCAAAUGAAGUUGUGGUGUCGUUCAUAAUUUUGCCUUCAGUGGCGUGGUAUUUGUAAUUUCAGAUACAGAUAAAAUCGCCAAACUUUGUUAACCCCAGUUACUCCAAAGAAAAAAAUGCCAGGCGGGAAAGCUUCUACUCAAACACAAAUGGCAUCGUCAGCCCAAACUUCAAAAACCCCCCCAGUAAUGGUGCCACCGUGGUCUGCUGUGCCGGUAAUACUCCACGCCCUAGUUAUGCAAUGGUCGUGAUGUUCGUAGAAAUCGUAAUAUGGAUUUUUGUAGCAUACUCAGCACCUGGAGAUAAGUGCUCACAAUUAACGUAUUGGCCAUUUGUAGUCGCUUAGUAUGGUGGAGGGAAAUUAUAGGCACCCGGCAUUGGCGGCGGGAUAGCCCCAAAGUUAGGCCGUCUCAUUUGAGGGCCGGGAGUUCGGCGAUCGGGUCGGGGCAUGGGAGGCUCCUGUGGAUGCAUCUGGCCUGGAUCACCACGAUAUCCUGGAGGUGCUACUACAGCAGAGGCACCGGGAGGGGCAGUACCGCUUCGACGAUUCACUUUUCGCGAGCUUGAUAACGAGCCCAAUGGCGGAUCCUUUACGGCCGGCUCAUCCUCCGCCGGUAGUGUGAGUUCAACAAGUCCAAAGAAAUAUUCCAAAACUUCAGGAUACCGUUGUACGCUCGCUUGCCAGUCUUCGUCAAUUCCACGUUUGAGGGACGCUUGCGCUUCAGCAACUUGUGUCGGAUGAGGCGGUGCGUGGUAGUAGUGAUAGGCGUGGGCAGUAAUUCGAUCCAUAUGCGCAGCAUGGGCAGUUUUUCGUUGAUCAGUUAGGAGGCGGAAGUAUUCAAGUAUGUAGUCUUGUGCAUGCCCUCGGACCCAAGAACUAUGGAUUGAUAGUCAGAACUGCUUCGCAGCGUGAUGGGAGGGCAAAAUUAUGUACCGUAUUUCAUUGUAUAUCGACCG